AGCCACUUUCAUGACUCAAACAUUUACAACGAUAUCAAUUCUGUAGUUGAAAUCUGUUGAGGAAAACUCGAGACCUCAGACUUUGAUCCAAAUUACAUGAUUCGACCUAACUCAACUCGCAUCACCAACCGCAAUGGCCAACGCCACCAACUGGGACAAGUUCCUGCUGCUGCUGUGGAAGAACUGGACCAUCCAGAAGCGCCACAAGUGUCAAACCCUGUUCGAAAUCCUAAUCCCCGUACUGUGCUUUUCGAUUGUCCUGUUGAUCCGGUAUCAGUCGGGACCAACUUCCGUGACAACGAGCACCAAGUUUGAGCCGCAGUCUGUGGAUCUGUUGGACAGGAACGACUUUCCACCUGCGGUGGAGUUUCUGUUGGCUUAUUCGCCUCAAAAUUCUGUUUUGGAUCGGAUCGUCAAAAGGGCUGCUGAAUCGUUGAAGAUGACAAGCAGAGGUUAUCCGAAUGCAAAGUCUUUGGAAGUGGCAAUGAUCAACAGCAGUAUCUUUGCUGGGGUGGAGUUUGAUGAUUCCUUAGCGUCAAUUAAUUCCGCACCGAAAAAGCUGAAAUUCGCGCUGAGAUUCCCAGCAGAACUUCGAGUCCCAAGCACUAGACUCUCAACUUGGAACACAAAAUCGUUGAUGGUUCCAUUUUCACCGAGCGGUUUAAGUUCACCAUCGGAUGAGUACCUAGACGAAGGAUUCUUGGCCGUCCAAAGUGCCCUUUCAAAAUCAGUUAUCCAAGAGUUCAAUCCAAACCUGGAGCUUCCAAAUGUUUUCACCAACCGAUAUCCGUAUCCACCGCACGAAGACGAUCCGGUUCUCGCGAUGCUGGAGCAAGUGCUUCCAUGGAUCAUGCUAUUUUCAUUCUUCUACCCUUGCAUAGUGAUGGUCAAGCACAUCACGGCCGAGAAGGAAAAGCAGCUGAAAGAGUCGAUGAAGAUCAUGGGCCUGUCCAGCUGGCUUCAGUGGAGUGCGUGGUUCGCCAAGAACAUGCUGCUGCUGGUGUUUUCCAUUUCGCUGAUCACGGUUCUGCUUUGUGUUCCACUCAUGAAGAACACUUCGAUCCUCAGACACUCUGAUUGGACCGUCGUGUGGUUCUUUCUGUUUGUCUAUUCCAUCGCGACGGUGUGCUUUUGCUUCAUGGUAAGCGUCUUCUUCAACAAAGUUACCGUCGCCACGAGGUUAGCAAGUCUUUUGUGGAUGCUGUCGAUCGUUCCGUUUAGGGUUAUCUCAACUCAGUACGACUCACUAUCUACUUUGGGUAAAAUUGGUAUCAAUCUGCUGUCCAACACGGCUAUGUCACUUGGUAUGAGAAGUACGAUACACUUGGAAGCAAACCAGCAAGGACUUCGUUGGCAUAGUAUGAUCAAUCCGGUUACGAUCGAAGAGCUAAACGUCAGAUUGGUGAUCGUGAUGCUGUUGGUGGAUGCCUUACUCUACCUGGCAAUUGCUCUAUACGUCGAGCAGGUGAUGCCAGGAGAGUAUGGAGUUGCGAAGCCGUGGUAUUUCCCGUUUGUUAGCAAGUGUUUUCGAAGGAAGCAAAUGAGCGUUGGGUUUCGGAAUCAGGAUACUAGAUAUUUUGAGGCCGAUCCCGUAACCAGCAAUCCAGGCAUUCAAAUCCGAAAUCUACGGAAGGUCUUCAACAGAUCCAACGUAGCCGUUCACGGCUUGAAUCUCAACAUGUAUGAGGAUCAGAUAACCAUAUUGCUUGGACAUAACGGCGCCGGAAAGACCACCACCAUGUCGAUGCUCACGGGUAUGUUCUCGCCUACAUCGGGUACGGCAUACCUCAGCGGACACGAUAUUCGAACGGACAUCGAAGGCGUACGGCAAUCGUUGGGACUGUGCCCCCAGCACAACGUGCUGUUCGAUGAGUUGACCGUGUCGGAACAUUUGCGCUUUUUUGCGAGAUUGAAAGGAGUUCCAAGGGGUAGAUUGAACUACGAAAUUGAGAAGUAUCUUCAGAUCUUAGAACUGACCGGAAAGCGCCACGCACAAUCCCACACGUUAGCCGGUGGCAUGAAGCGUAGACUGGCCGUAGGAGUUGCUCUUUGCGGUGGAUCCAAGGUAGUUCUACUGGAUGAACCAACGUCCGGUAUGGAUCCCUCAGCUCGUAGAGCUCUUUGGGAUUUGCUACAACAGGAGAAGAAACAUCGAACGAUUCUACUUUCAACGCACUUUAUGGACGAAGCGGACGUCCUCGGGGAUCGCAUUGCGAUCAUGUCCGGUGGAGUGCUGAAAGCCGUAGGAACACCGUUCUUUUUGAAGAAAAGCUUCGGCACCGGAUACCGGUUGAUCUGCGUGAAAGGACCAAACUGUGACAAGCAACUGGUGUUGGAUUUACUUCGGAAGUACAUACCGGACGUUCGCAUCGAUACCGAUAUUGGGUCAGAACUCUCGUUCGUCCUCAAAGAGGAUUACAUUCGGGUGUUCCAACCGAUGCUGGAGUAUCUGGAGAGUCGGAUGGAAAUGUGUGGCAUCACCAGCUAUGGCAUUUCGCUAACCACUAUGGAGGAGGUUUUCUUGAAAGCUGGUAGUGAUAGUCCUAAUCAGACAUCCGUUGAAACAUCUGUGGGAAAGCCACUUAGAAAUCUCGAUCUGUACACCGGACGGCAUCUCUUAUUAAGUCAAGUAAAGGGUCAACUACUCAAGAAGUACCUUUCCUGCAUCCGAUCGUGGGGAUUGUUGAUCGGCAUGUUUACGAUCCCAAUAUUUUUCGUGAUAUCAACAUUCCUGUCCAUGUCAAGCAAUCAAAAUCAUUCCCCUUUAACGAUGUCGCUUGAUCCGUACGUCAAAACGGUGACCGUAGUGGGAGGAACUCCGGAUACCUCAAAGAUAGUUCAAACUUAUAUGAAACUCAUCGAUAAUGUCAACGGAAUGCACAGCUCAAAGGAGAUUGAUUCAAAUAUGAACGAUUUCAUCCUGCAACGCUCGGCAGAUUCCAUCUCCGAAGUCAAUUCCCAUUACAUGGUAGGAGCCACCUUCAACGCCAACAACUACACCGCAUGGUUCAACUACAAAGGAUACCACACGGCUCCGCUGGCACUGUCCCUCCUGUACAACGCAGUUCUCCAAACAGAAUGUCCGACCUGCGAGCUAACCGUUGUGAACAAGCCACUGCCCAGCCGGGUAGACCCCGCCAGCCAGGACUCGGGCGCUGGACUCAACCUGGUGAUCAAUACCGUGCUCGCAAUGGCCUUCGUGUCCGCCAUGUUUGUGCUGUUCUACAUCAACGAACGCACCUCGCGGGCCAAGCUGCUCCAGUUUGUCAGUGGAACCAACGCCGCACUGUACUGGACGGUUGCUUUCGGUUGGGAUUUGCUGCUGUUUGGGGUGAUAUCGUUGGUGUACGUGAUCACUUUGGCCGCGUUUCAAGAGGAAGGAUGGUCAACGUUUUCCGAACUGGGUCGGGUGUACCUGCUGUUUGUGUUCUUCGGAGUUGGGUUUCUGCCGUUGAUUUACAUCUCUUCGUUUGUGUUUAGUUCUCCGGGAACUGCCUACGCGUUGGUGAUGCUGUUCAAGGUUGUAACGGGUGCGGUAUUUUUUGGGAUUGUUGUGAUAUGGAAGGCGGUUGACAGCGAUGUUGGAGUAAUGAUUGAAUGGAUUUUCAUGCUGUUUCCGAGUUUUGCCCUAACACAUGCUUUGAGCCAAAUGAGUCAAUUAGCUUCUAUAAAGUUGUUGUGUCAAGAUUGUGAUUUGCCGGAUCUGUUGUCCUUCCAUGAGCUGGGAAUCGCUCGUAAUCUGCUUUGCUUAGCAGUGAUUGGAGUUGCAGUUUUCCUCAUAGUUCUAGCGAUUGAAUAUCGAAUCUUUAACAAUGUAAUGAACUACUUCAUGAUCUACAAGUCUCCGCAACGCUCGCUAAAUGAAGAUCCGGAUGUAACAGCCGAGAAGGAACUCGUCCUUGGUAUGACGCAGAACGAUAUCAACAGCUACAAUCUUGUACUGCGAAGUGCUACCAAAUACUACGGAAGAUUCCUAGCUGUGAACAACCUGUCGGUAGCGAUCGAUCGGUACGAGUGCUUCGGGCUGUUGGGAAUCAACGGAGCGGGCAAGACGACUACCUUCAAGAUGAUGACCGGAGACGUGAGAUUCUCGUCUGGGGUGGCUUGGGUCGAAGGGAUCAGCUUGCAAUCGUCCAUGGGCGAGGUUUACCAGAGGAUCGGCUACUGUCCGCAGUUUGACGCGCUGCUCGAUGACCUCACCGGUAGAGAAACGCUCAGGAUCUACGCACUACUACGGGGUGUACGAGCGGAAGACAUCAGGGGCGUGACACUUACGUUGGCAGAGGACUUGAACUUUUUGAAGCAUAUCGACAAGAAGACCAAGCAGUACAGUGGUGGAAACAAGCGAAAACUCAGCACGGCAAUCGCACUCAUGGGCAAUCCUUCGGUGGUUUAUCUGGACGAACCGACUACGGGAAUGGAUCCGGGGGCGAAACGGCAGCUCUGGAACGUGAUCUGUAAGGCUAGAAGUACAGGCAAAUCUAUCGUGUUGACUUCGCACAGCAUGGAGGAGUGUGAAGCGCUGUGCACCCGGUUGGCGAUCAUGGUCAAUGGAGAGUUCAAGUGUCUCGGAUCGACGCAACAUCUGAAGAACAAGUUCUCCAAAGGAUUCCUGCUGAUGAUCAAGGUGAAGAAGGUUGAUGAUCCGAAGUUGCAGCUGAUGAGACUGAAGGAAGUCAAGUUCUUUGUUGGCAAGAAGUUGCCAGGAUCGGUGCUGAAAGAGGAAUACCAGGACUCGCUGAACUUUCACAUUCCACAAUCGGAUCUCAAGUGGUCGGCCAUGUUUGGGUUGAUGGAGGCGCACAAAGAGCAGCUCAACAUUGAGGACUACUCACUGGGACAAACCACGCUGGAGCAAGUAUUCCUGAGCUUCACCAAGUAUCAGCUAGAAUCGGAUUAAGAACUUUAAAUUCAGCAAUAAAUAUCUAAUAUCUAUUUCUUAAAAA